AUGUCAACGGAGUUUGAAAUUAAUAUCGGAACUCUAGUCACACGAUUAUCUUUCAAAUCAUCCAUCAUCGCUACUAGAUUACUCGGAAUGCUGCGAAAUUUAUACCCCUUAUCUCUCGCAGCCACUUUAUCCAUAACACAAGCACAGCAAUUUCAACAAUCGGACACAUACAGAUCCACAGCCACCCCUACAGUUUCAAAUAUCCCACUAUCCACAGCUUCGAUUUCCCCCUCUCUGCCUUCCUCCACUGAGAUCCCCCAUCAAGAUGCUCAAUUGUUCCCUCAGCCGUGGUGCUCAAAUCCUAUCUUCUGCCCAAGUGAUAUUCUCCAAUCCGUCGCUUUCUCCCAGCUAUACGCGGACGGCAAGACUUUCGUCGAUAAACCUACAAAAUUUUCAACCCAAGAUGUCUUAGAUGGUUGGAGUAGCGUAAACGGUAACAAUCAACAGAAUCUCACUAUCGGUCAAAUUGAGCAAUUUGUUAAAGACUAUUUUGGUCCAGAAGGCAGCGAGUUGGUCGAGGUGCUCAUUCAAAUCGAUGAUUCACCCUCAUUUCUCGACAAUAUCGACGAUGAUCUCCUCAAAGGCUUUAUUGGCACUGUACAUACAUACUGGUCUCAGCUUAUUCGACAAGUAAACUCCACCGCCACUUGCGAUAACGACGAAUGCGAUUCCACUUUAUUGAAUCACCCAGACACUUUCGUCGUUCCAGGUGGUCGCUUCAGAGAGCUAUACUACUGGGAUAGCUAUUUUAGUUUCCUGGGUAUGUUGAGAUCAGGUUUGAGUCAAGAGGUUAAAAUGACACUGAAUAAUUUCAUCAACGCUAUCGAUAACUAUGAAUUUAUCCCUAAUGGAUUCAGAAGCUACUACUUAAACAGAUCGCAGCCACCAUUCUUCGCUUUGAUGGUGGAAGACUAUGUCAACUGGACAAACGACACUGACUUCCUAGACACUGCCAUGCCUGCUAUCGAGAAGGAAAUUUCAUGGUGGCAAAAUAACCGCACAUCCACCGUAGAAUCACCUUGGUCUGGUAAAAUGCACAGUGUGGCUAGGUACAAUGUUACCAACACUGCACCCAGACCAGAGAGCUACCUCACAGACUUCGAGACUGCAAACCAAAACGUGGAGUACACAGAUGAAGAGAAGCAGUCACUCUAUGCAGAGCUUUCAUCUGCUGCUGAGUCUGGAUGGGAUUUCUCCAGUCGAUGGUCCAAGUCUCCUCGCGCCAACGAAGGUCUUGCAGAUCAGAAGCCAGUGCUAAGAGAACUCAAUAUCCGUCAAAUUAUACCUGUAGACCUCAACUCUAUUCUCUACAAGGUUCAUAUGGCUGCUGCGUCUUUGUAUCAGAUGACUUCGAGUAAUAAAAGUCAGAUUGACGGACAUAGAGAGCGAGCUGAGGAAAUCAAAGAAGCUAUCUUAGAUCUCAACUGGGAUGACAGCGAGUAUUCCCUAGUAUUUAAAGAUUUCAACACUACUUCGAGCGACUACUCAGACGCUUGGUCAUUGGCAUCUUACUACCCUUACUGGGCUGGCAUCAUACCAGGGAGUGUCUUGGGAAGUACCGAUACUGCUCAGUCUGCUUUUGCAGGGUUGAGAUUUGUAUUAGAUAGAUACAACGGAUCAUUGCCCGCGACUCUCUUCGAGAGUGGGAUGCAAUGGGAUAUGAAUGCGUGGGCACCUCUGCAAUACAUUGCUGUAAAAGCACUCGAAGCUCUACCAGACAACGUCACAGCGGGUGCCCUUCAACGGCCUGAAGAUGGACAGUCUACAUAUUCAUUAGUGCCAUCUAAGCAGCUUGGACUAGAUGACGAGAGCCAAGCACCAACUCAACCACUGUACAACAUUUCCGGCAGCACAUCUAACAAAGAUGGCUUCAUGGAUGAGUAUGAUUGUGAAAAUUGGCGAGAGUGUCUCGCGAAUGAGGUAGCUCAACGGUUCGUUAGUAGCACUUUCUGUAGCUGGUACACUACUGGUGGAUCUAUCCCAAAUAUGCUCAAUCAACUACCUGCCGAGAAGCUUGCACAGUAUGACGCCGAUAGCAGCUACACUGGAUACAUGUUCGAGAAAUACAACAGCACUAACUUAGUGGCAGCUGGUGGUGGUGGAGAGUAUGAUGUGGUCGUAGGGUUUGGAAUGACCAACGGAGUACUUAUAGAAUUUGGCAGCGAGUAUGGAUCUAGCUUGGUCCGUCCAAACUGCCCAGGUGUUCAGAUAACAGAGAGACAAGCAGCUCGAAGACAAUUAGCGCCUCUUUUCAGCGGGGCACACGUACCACUAGAAGAGAGUGAUUCAGAAGACCACUCGUCAUAUCCCAUGCAAUCAACUACUGAACUUCCACAGUACUCAAGCCAUCCAUUCAACGAGUAUGACGAAAGCCCCUUCCAAUACCCACGCUCUCCACCUCAGCCUGCCUCUUAUGGCUACGCACCCGUCCAAGAACCCACCAUUAUGAUGCCAGAAGCCCAAAGGCUGCCUGAGCCGGAAGCUCAAGUAUUUGUAAGCUCAGAUGCUACACAUGGCCCCAACCCAAAUCCUAUGCCUACUGGCGUACAGCUUUAUGACGCCCCUUAUACCAACCCAAGCGAUCCUUUCGUCGAUGAUGACCGCAUGCCAAUUCGACGCCUAAAUUCUGAUACUGAGGGUGUCGGUUUGUUAAGGCCUGGAACUGCACUUUCAGGCUCUACUCACGCCCCUAGUGGUACUGCCCCUUCAGUAAACAACGCUGACGACUUCGACGAGGACACGGCUAUACGCUAUGGCGGUAUACCGCAGCGCGUUCCAAGAAGAUACAAGACAACAAAACGUGUUGAGCUUCAAGACGGUAACCUGGUUCUCGAUUGUCCUGUCCCGACGCGUUUAUUGGAUAUGUGUCAUAAUAGAGAAGGCGAUGAAUUCACUCACAUGAGGUACACCGCCGCUACUUGCGAUCCAAGUCAGUUUGACGCUGAACGCUACACACUCAGACAACAAUUGUACAGUCCACCAAGACGUACCGAGAUUAUGAUUUGCUUGACUAUGUACAACGAAGACGAGUUCUUAUUCACACGAACAAUGCAUUCUGUCGUAACCAACAUUGUCCACCUAUGUUCACGUGGUAGGUCCAAGACCUGGGGUGACGAAGGUUGGAAAAAGGUCGUUGUCGUUAUCAUCUCAGACGGUAGACAGAAGAUCCACUCAAGAACUCUGGCUACAAUCGCCGCUCUCGGUGCAUAUCAAGAUGGUGUCGCCAAAAACGUCGUUCAAGGUCGUCCCGUCACAGCUCACAUCUACGAGUACACCUCCCAAAUUGACAUCAAGCCAGAUAUGAAAUUCAAUGACAAGUCAAAGCGAAAGGUACCAAUUCAGAUUAUUUUCUGUCUCAAGGAGAAAAACCAGAAGAAAAUCAACUCACACAGAUGGUUCUUCUCUGCCUUCUGCGAAAGUCUGCAGCCGAAUGUCUGCAUGUUACUUGAUGUCGGUACGUCUCCGGGACCAAGGUCGAUCUAUCACUUGUGGAAAUCUUUCGACGUAGAUUCAAAUACUGGUGGUGCAUGUGGUGAAAUUGUCACUUUCAAAGGAAAUUACAUGUCAGCUUUGCUAAACCCACUCGUUGCAGCUCAGAACUUUGAAUACAAAAUGUCAAACAUCCUUGACAAACCUCUUGAAUCAAUUUUUGGCUACAUCACUGUUCUGCCUGGUGCUUUCUCAGCGUACAGAUGGGUAGCUCUGCAGAAUGACGAAAAUGGUCAGGGUCCGCUUGAAAAGUACUUUUUGGGUGAAACACUGCAUGGUGGUGAUGCUGGUAUCUUUACCGCUAACAUGUAUUUGGCUGAGGAUAGAAUUUUGUGUUGGGAACUCGUCUCCAAGAGAAACAUGCAAUGGACACUACAUUACGUCAAAACCGCCAAAGCUUACACGGAUGUCCCUGAUAGAAUACCAGAGCUUAUUAGUCAGCGUAGGCGUUGGUUGAAUGGUUCCUUCUUUGCCGCUAUACACUCCGUUACCCAUUUCUACAAUAUCUAUCGCUCUGGUCACACGGUGCUUAGACAAUUUUGGCUACACGUUGAAAUGAUUUACCAGCUCGUCAAUCUUGUCUUCAGUUGGUUCGCAAUCGGUAACUACUUUAUCGUGUUCCGUGUUCUUUCAUCUUCAAUGCUGCAGGCUGAAUCUAAACUAAAGGCUUUGAACGUUAUCCUCGAAUUUCUGUAUAUUGCUCUCCUUGCUUUGUCUUUCUUGCAAGCUAUGGGUAAUAGGCCACAAGGUAAUAGCAGUAAAUGGGGCUACUUGGCUGCUUUUAUCGGAUUCGCUUUGAUUACGUCAUAUAUGAUUGCCGUUGCUUUUUAUUUGGCUGUCACUGGUAUUCAAAAUGUUAUCAACUCACAUAAUGGCAGCAUUACCGCCGGGGAUCUUUUCAGCGACCAAGUAUUCAUCACUAUUGUCAUUUCUAUUACAGCUACAUAUGGGUUGUACUUGAUAUCCUCGAUAUUAUUCUUCGAGCCAUGGCACAUGCUCACUAGUUUCUUCCAAUAUCUCAUGAUUGCUCCAAGUUACAUCAAUGUAUUGAACGUCUACGCAUUCUGUAACACGCACGAUAUUUCCUGGGGUACAAAAGGCGAUACCCACGUAGCAACAGAUCUUGGUGUCGCAGGAGAUAAGAAGCAGAAGGGCAAUAAGGAAAUAGACAUCGCUUUACCAACGGACCAUUCCGAUAUUAAUGCAGCUUACGAAGACGCAUUGCACACCAUGUCUCACCCACCUCCGCCUCACAAAGAGGUCGAAGACCCAGCUACGAAGCAGGCAGACUAUUAUGCCUCUUUCCGUACUAACACUGUCUUAUGCUGGGUGUUGUCGAAUGCACUUCUUGGUGCUGCUAUUCUUUCAUCCACUAGCAGAAAAGACGCCAAGACUGCAGGACGCGGUCCGGUGGUGUCGAUCGACAGCGAUAACGAAGAUUCAAGACUGACUUCAUUCAACUUGCGUCCAGCUAGUCCAGAACCUAGAGCUGGCUUUGUUUCGACUGCCCCAUCCCCACAUUCCAAGAGCGGACGCAAGAGAAAUGCCCUCGAUAAUCUCGAUAGAAAUGGCUCGAAGGUUUUCAAGAAACCAAAGCAAGAUCUCAUCCCAAAUAGGAAACCAGUCGAGAAAGACAAGACAGCAGGACCAGCAGCGUCAUCUAAGGAGAACACCAACCUCUACUCGAAUCAAUACAAAAGAGAAAACAUACAUGACAUAGUGGAAAGUGCUCACAAUGCUCAGAACAGAGCCAUUCAGUUCGCUUCCCCUGAAAAGAGAAACUGGAUUUUGGAUAUGGUUCCAUCACCUAAGAAGAGUGAUACGCCCAAGAAGGCUGAGAAGCUUCUUACUGCUUCUAAAACCUCUCAGAAUGCUCCUCCAAAGGGAAAGAAACACAUGUAUCAGCUAACAGAGGUUGACGACAUGAGUGACAUCAAAGACCUACUUAAUAGGGAGGAGACUGUUUUACAUACAGAUACCUCGUCAUCACAAAUGGAUGUAGAUACUAUGGAGAGCCUUAUUGAUCUACAGAAGCUGAUUGAUAAGGAGAAGGAUAUAGAUAGAGAAGCAGAGCUGCACCAGUCGAGCACUGGGAGUGGCGCUAGUCCCAAUUCCCCUCGCAGCAACCACUUAUCAUCUAAGAGUGAGGAACUCAUUCAAAGCGAACUUACGAAUCGAAUGAACAGGACUACCUCUGCAGAUAAAGGGAAAGGUAAAGAAUGCAACAACAAUAUUAACGAAACUGGCGAAGCAAAACAAAGUGAAAAGAAUAAGGACGAAUCAAAAGCAUCAGACAACCCAUACGCUAUUCUUGAUAGGAAGGAGAGGCUUGAGUUGGAGCUACGCAAGCAAAGAUGGCAAAUGAGUACCUUCGAAGAGUGGAAAGAAGAUGGUGUGGAAAUCAUUGAAGAAUUCGCAGAAUUAAUUCACCAAGUACAAGAAAGAAUAACCUCUAAAGUAACGCACAUGACAGACUACAUAUCCAAAAUUCAACAAGGCAAAACAAUGCUCGGCGAACAAAAGCUUAAAUUACAAGUAGCGAGAGAAGAGGUCAAUGAUAUGACCAAAGCGCUGAUAUUUAAAAAGAGAAAAAACGACUAA